AUGUCCGUAGGUAUCCUACUAGGGUCCCCGACUGCCAGUACCGACGGCGUCGCGCCGCCCCCCGGAGGCCCCAGCCCUGGCGUCCUCCGACCAGCCCUUCCCAGCCCGCCGCCGAACUGGCCGUCGACCGCGAGCAAGCUUAAGCAAGUCAGAUGCACCAGAGCAAGAUCAAGCAAGUCUAAUGCAACCAGAGCAAGAUCGAGCAAGUCUGAUGCAACCAGAGCAAGAUCAAGCAAGUCUGAUGCAACCAGAGCAAGAUCGAGCAAGUCUGACGCAACCAGAGCAAGAUCAAGCAAGUCUGAUGCAACCAGAGCAAGUCUGACGCAACCAGAGCAAGAUCAAGCAAGUCUAAUGCAACCAGAGCAAGAUCGAGCAAGUCUGACGCAACCAGAGCACGAUCAAGCAAGUCUGAUGCAACCAGAGCAAGAUCGAGCAAGUCUGACGCAACCAGAGCAAGAUCAAGCAAGUCUAAUGCAACCAGAGCAAGAUCGAGCAAGUCUGACGCAACCAGAGCAAGAUCAAGCAAGUCUGAUGCAACCAGAACAAGAUCGAGCAAGUCUGAUGCAACCAGAGCAAGAUCGAGCAAGUCCGAUGCAACCAAAACAAGAUCAAGCAAGUCUGAUGCAACCAGAGCAAGAUCGAACAAGUCUGAUGCAACCAGAACCGGCGAUAAGCUUAGAGAAGAGCUUGAGGACCGAACAGGUCAUUGCAAAGGGUCAUUGCAAAGGGUCAUUCUAA